UUACGUCCUUAUGAAGAAGGAAGUAGAAAUCCAUUUCGGCAUUCAUCUCAGCUUUAAUAUCCUUCCUUUAUAGAAUUAAGUAGAGAUUAACUUAUCGACACGAAUAUAAUAUUUACAAUAUAUUUUGAAGGGGAAGUCGAACAUAAUAUGGUGGCAUUCAGGAAUAUAAUUUUAGCUGUGUUUUUCGCACAAACCACUGUUCAAGGUGUGUCGGCCGACUGCUGUGAUGCCUUGAACAUUAUAACAAGAGCAGAAUGGGGAGCAAGAGACCCGAAAUCCACAGAGAAUAUGUCAGUGCCGGUGUCGACGUUUUUUAUUCACCAUACAGACACCAAUGGUUGUGAAACACAGGAUGUCUGCUCUGCUUGUGUUAGGAGUAUCCAACGAUUCCACAUGGAUACCAAUAAAUGGGAUGAUAUCGGAUACAGCUUUUUGAUUGGUGGAGAUGGUAAUGUAUACGAAGGCAGGGGAUGGAACUUCGUUGGAGCGCAUACCAAAGGGUAUAACAGCGUUUCAUUUGCGGCGUCUUUCAUUGGAAAUUUCACAAGUCUGCUACCAAAUGCCAAAACAAUUAAAGCUGUUGAUAAUCUGAUCGAACGCGGUGUCCACCGAGGAAAGAUUAAACCUGAUUACACGCUUCUGGGCCAUCGAGAUGCGAACAAAUCGGAUACAAAAUGCCCAGGUGAUGCAUUGUACAGGGAAAUUCAAACAUGGACAAACUAUCCAGGUAGUGGCAAGACAAUCGACAGGGACAUCUGUGAGCGGUCGCAAGGACCACCUGACCAAGAAAGCCAUUUAGACAUGUGUGCUGCAAGUGGAAAGUUUUACGGCUGGCACCAGGAUGUCUUUCCCUGUGUGUUACUUAUUUUGUUAACUGCAUUAAAUAUUGGUGUAAGUUAUUAACUAUGUCUAAUCAUAGAUAUACUAAACACUGCUACAAAAUGUUAAAAUCGUUAGAUGACGCCGGGCGAAAUUGUUGGGCAUCCAAUAUUAAAUCUGUAUUAUUCACGUACGGUUUUGGAUAUAUUUGGAUUGCUAAAGAUGUAGGAAAUAUAGAUCUAUUUAUAUAUACUUUUAGACAACGGUUAAUUGACUGUUUCGUCCAAAACUGGCAUAACGACAUUAGUGGGUCCUCAAGGUGUCAUCAUUAGAAACAUUACAAAACAUUAUUAAAUACAGAAAGGUACCUAUUCAUCUGGAAAUUCCAUUCAAAUAUAAGAUUGCGUUUGCUAGGUUUCGCUGCUCCAACCAUAAACUGAAUAUGGAACUUUGAAGAUAUAUAACUACUCCACAAGAUGAGAGACUUUGUAUAUAUUAUCUGAAUCAAAAUUUGACAGUUAUUGAUUGUGAAUAGCAUGCAUUCUUUCAAUGUCCUGAAUUCGACAUUAGUCGUAGACAAUAUCUUUUUAAUUGAUAUUCAUCUGUUUAUAGUUAAAAGGAUUUCUACUCUUUAAUGUCUACUGAAAAUGAUAAUACAAUAUUGAAGUUAGCAAUCUAUGAAUACCACCUGUUAGACAUGAUAAAUGUGUAAAUCGUAUGUUGCAACUACUAUACUAUGUUUGUUUUUUUGUACAUUUUGUGUGUUUUGGGCCGGUGGCCUUUAUUUACUUGAAUAACAUUAAUUGAAUUGAA